UGCACCUGCCGGGAGCCAUGCUCGGCAGGUCGGGGUACCGGGCGCUACCCCUGGGGGACUUUGACCGUUUCCAGCAGUCGAGCUUCGGCUUCCUGGGCUCGCAGAAGGGCUGCCUGUCUCCGGAGCGGGGCGGCGCGGGGCCGGGGGCUGAUGCGCCCCAGAGCUGGCCCUCCUACCUCUGCCACGGCCUCAUCAGCUUCCUGGGGCUCUUGCUGCUGCUGCUCACCUUCCCCAUUUCUGGCUGGUUCGCCUUGAAGAUUGUACCUACCUAUGAGCGGAUGAUCGUGUUUCGACUGGGCCGGAUCCGCACCCCUCAAGGGCCUGGCAUGGUUCUGCUCUUGCCCUUCAUUGACUCCUUUCAGCGGGUGGAUUUAAGGACACGCGCUUUCAAUGUCCCUCCCUGCAAGCUGACUUCUAAGGAUGGGGCCGUGCUGUCCGUGGGGGCCGAUGUCCAGUUCCGCAUCUGGGACCCGGUACUGUCCGUGAUGACCGUAAAGGACCUGAACACGGCCACGCGUAUGACAGCCCAAAAUGCCAUGACCAAGGCCCUGCUCAAGAGACCUCUGCGGGAGAUCCAGACUGAGCAGCUCAAGAUCAGCGACCAGCUCCUGCUGGAAAUCAAUGACGUGACCAGAGCCUGGGUGGAGGUGGACCGAGUGGAACUAGCAGUGGAGGCUGUGCUCCAGCCACCCCAGGACAGCCCAACGGGGCCCAGCUUGGACAGCACCCUCCAGCAACUGGCUCUCCACUUCUUGGGAGGAGGCCUGCCCUCAGUGGCUGGAGGCGCCUCACCCCUUGGGCCAGCAGACACCUUGGAGAUGGUGAGCGAAGCUGAGCCGCCUGCCCCUCACGUUGGUGCUGGGCCCAGUCUGAAGCAGCCUGUGGCUGAGGGGCUGCUGACUGCCCUGCAGCCCUUCCUAUCAGAGGCCCUGGUCAGCCAGGUCGGGGCCUGCUACCAGUUCAAUGUCAUCCUGCCCAGCGGCGCCCAGAGCAUCUACUUCCUCGACCUCACUACAGGGCACGGGAGCAUAGGGCAUGGGGUGCCCGACAGCAUCCCUGAUGUGGUGGUGGAGAUGGCUGAGGCAGACCUGCGGGCCCUUCUGUGCAGGGAGCUGCGGCCCCUGGGGGCCUACAUGAGUGGGCGCCUAAAGGUGAAGGGUGACCUGGCCGUGGCCAUGAAGCUGGAGGCUGUUCUCAGGGCCCUGAAGUAGCAGCUUUGGCUGACUGCCCAUAAGCCAGCCCCAAUUCCAGCGUGAAGCCUGGGGUGGGGGGACGUCUUGGAGGAGGAGGUGCUGGUGCCACAUCUCGGGUUGUUGAGCCUUGAGAAGUUUCAGGCUCGGCCAGGAGCCAACAAAUGGAGGCUGGCAGACACGAGAGGCUGGGAGAGACUGAGUCAGGCCGCCUUGCCAUCUCACCUGGAGUGCUUCUCUGGAUAAGCCUUUGCCCAUCCCGGCCCCUGGCUGAACACCCAGCCCUGAGCGGGCCCAUGGGGUGCUGACCAGAGAGCAGGGCCCUCUCCCCUCUGCCAGCUACCUGACUGGAGAGACGGGGCCCACAGGGCCAGCCCGACUGCACCUGAUUUGGUCCCAGUGUGAGGGAGCCAAGCGUGUGGCUCGGGUCCCGGCUCUAGAGUGGGGAUCAGAGAGGUGCUGGGGGCGAAGGAAGGCAGCCCACCGCCGAGAGUCACCGCAGGGCAGGGAUGUGCCCUUGUGGCAGUGGUUCAGGCCCAGGCCAGUGGGCAGUGCGGAUGGAAAAGCGCGGGGCCUUCUCGGCGUCCAGCUCUGCUCCUGAAGAUGGCUUGCCUCACCUCCCAGCUCUGUCUUGCAUGCCUGGCGGGCUGGGGCCCAGGGCAGCAUGUAGGAAGGCCCUGCUGUUCUGUGCUUUUUACCAGAGGUUUACAAACCACCAAUAAAUGUGCUGUUUACAGUGUAAUGAAGAGAAGUGGGGGCACAGGGGUGGGUUGUGGGGGUCCCUGAGGCCAUGCUCCUGCUGGCACCUGGGCGAGGACAGGGGCUCAAGAUAGGAGGGUGUGUGCAUCACCCACAGUUCCCCUUCUUGCCACGGGGUUCAGAGACCGUGGGGCGGGUGCAGGCUCUUCUGCUGCUCUUUAUGGUAGAAGCUGGCCCAAAGAGAAGGUGUGGGUGUGUCAGGACUGGUCCUGAAGACGCCCUGCUGAGACUGAGACCGGGGUGAGGGGUCUUACCAGUCGCCUUCAGGAGAGUCCCGUCCCUCUUUCUCCACUAGCACAAGGGAGGGAAGGGGACGGAACGGGCCUGGAGGCCUGGCCCAAACCCCAGGGACCUCAGGGAAGGGGCCUUUUGCUUGUUUAGCCCUAAGAAAUGAAUCUCAGUUCCUGAAAAGGCUUGUGAGAAAAGGAACCCACAGAAAUUGGGACCUCCCCUUUGCAAAACAGCUCUUGGCUGGUCCUCCGGGCCCGGGCUCCCCGGGGCCUCCCGCACACCACUGGUUAGUUGUCCCUCUGUUCCCGCCAGUGCCCGCCCUCUCCCUCCUCUCGCCAGCCCUCCCAGCGUGGGCUGCACAGCCUUGGGGUUCAAGGGUCGGCCCCGGGGCCCAUCCUGGAGGGCCAGAGCCCCAGGCAGCUGGCCCUCCUCUGCCCUCAGCCUGUUCAGGAGCCGUCCCUGUGGUCCCCGCCGGCCACUCCCGCCAUCCUUGAGGCCCAGUGGGGCACAGUACAGUCCUCUGCCCUCGACUGGGCCCCCUCAGCACUUGGGCGUCGCGCCCAUUCCCCACUGUCCGUGUCGCCGUUCUCGCCUCGGUGGCUGCUCUCCCUGCCGGACCCUGAGCCUCCCGCGCAAGCUCUGGUCCCUCCGACCCGGCUGCACGCAGUGGACCAGGAGUUCCAGGAAAGCCCGCGCCUCCCUCACAGAGCUUAGGAGAAACCGAAACUCAGAUUCUUGUGGGUGUGGGAGGAUCAAGAGAACAUUUACAGGAAACUGAAACUUGUGGGUGUCUCUCUAGGUGGAGGGUAGGGCCUGCUACUGACUUCCCUGGUGGGCAGAAGUCAUUCCUUGGUGAGGCCAGCCCUCCAGGCCGGGGGGGCCCCAGGUUCCAGGGCCCCUGGGCUUCUGAAGACUGAGGAGACCUUGCAGUCUGUGUUUUGGGAGGGGGGGUGGACAAGGGGCACUUAACGGGCAGUAGGGUGUGAGGAGGGAGGGAGAGGAUGUCAAUCAGAGGAGGUUUCCCUGAAGAGACGAUGCCCUUGCAGCCACAGGGCAGGCUGAUGAGGUGGGGCACGGGGUGGGGCAUGCGUGCCACAGAGCGGAAGCCCCUGCGAGGCCGAGGCUGCAGUUGAGGCAGCUGAGCACCUCUGAUUUUGGGAAAUGGAGCCUAAGGUAUGGGGGUGGUGCAGAGAUUUGGGGGAGAGACCAUAAAAAUAGUAACACCAGACCAUGCAUGUCCCUGCACUGGGCUAGACCCUUGCUAGCUAUCCUCUUCUCCCUCAAGGUAACCUUGUGAAUAAUGAUAAGACACUUAUAUUGACGUCAUGUAAUAUAUUACUUUUCUUUUUUAAAGAUUUUAUUUAUUUAGGGCAGCCCUGGUGGUGCAGCGGUUUAGUGCUGCCUGCAGCCCGGGGUGCGAUCCUGGAGACCCCGGAUCGAGUCCCAUAUCAGGCUCCCUGCAUGGAGCCUGCUUCUCCCUCGGCCUGUGUCUCUGCUUCUCUCUCUCUCUCUCUCUCUCUCUCUCUCUGAAUAAAUAAAUAAAUCUUAAAAAAAAAAAAGAUUUCAUUUAUUCUUGAGAAACACACACACAGAGAGAGAGAGAGGCAGAGACACAGGCGGAUAUGGAAGCAGGGCCCACGCAGGGAGCCCAACGACAUGGGACUCGAUCCCGGGACUCCAGGAUCAGGCCUUGGGCUAAAGGUGGCACUAAACCGCUGAGCCACCCGGGCUGCCCCAUGGAAUGUAUUACUUUGAUGUCAUUUUAAAAAUAAGUAAAUUUGAAAAAAAAAAUAGGUAAAUUUGGGGGUACCUGGGUAGCUCCCAGUCCGUUAAGCAUCUGCCUCCAGCUCAGGUCAUGAUCCCAGGUCCUGGGAUCAAGGCAGGCACUGGGCUCCCUGCUCAGCAGGGAGUCUGCUUCUCCCUCACCCUUUGCCAGACUCUUCCCCUGCUCAUGUGUGCUCACUCUCUCUCAAAUAAAUAAACCUUAAAUACGUAAAUUUUGGGUAGCUGGUACAGUCAUGUCACUCAAAAUUUUUUGAAGAUUAAGAAGUCAUAGUAUUAAAAAUUUCCCUCAUCUCCUGACUCCAUCCACAUAUUUCCCACACCUGCCUCCAAACAGGUAUCCCCUAAUAUUAGUUUCUUGGUUAUGCUUCCAGAAGUUGUUGUUUUUUAACUGCAUAUACAAGAAAACCCAAAUAUAUAUAAAUCCUCCAGGGUUUUUUUCAUACAAGUGGCAACAUAACAUAUGUAAUGUUGCUUUAUUUACUUAAUAUUACACCUUCAGCAUCUUUCCAUAAUAGUACACGCAGACUUUUUUCACGGGGGGGGGGGGGGUGUUUAGUUACACAGGAUUCCAUUGUUCAAAUGUACACUAUUUAACCUGCCUGCAUUGGUAGACAGUUUAUUUUUUGUGUUUUGCUGUUUCAAACAAUGUUGCAGUGAUAGCCUUUAACAUAUGCUUCUUUGCCAGGGUUGAGUUUAUAUCUGUAGAAUAAAAUCCCUGUAGGAAAUGGCUAGGUUAAAACCUUUGUAAUUUAAUAAAUAUUGCCCAAAUGCCUGUUUAUAGAUGUUCAAAGGAGCUUUAUUUGAUCAUCAGAAACAGAAAACUACAAAUAACUAAAUGGUGCCGCUCUCCAUACAGUGGGAGGGGCAGACGGUAAAAAGGUGCAAACAAACUAUAGACAGAUGUGAUAACUUGGGGUUAUUCCUAUUUACACUCCCAUCAUUGGUGAGUAAGGGUGUGUUUUCCUCGCAGCCAGGCCAACACACACUGUUAUUAAACUUCUGGAGUUUUUGACAAUCUGGUAAGUGAAAAAUUGCAUCUCAGUAUAGGGUUUUUAUUAUCAUUAUCCAAUUGUUUAUUGCUUUCUAACUUGGAUUUUCUUUCUUUUUUUUCCUUAAGAUUUUAUGUAUUUAUUCAUGAGAGAUACAGUGAGAGAGAGAGGCAGAGACACAGGCAGGGGGAAGAAGCAAGCCCCAUGCAGGGAGCCCAACAUGGGACUCGAUCCUGGGACUCCAGGAUCAUGCCCUGGGCCAAAGGCAGGCACAAAACCGCUGGGCCACCCAGGCGUCCCUCUAACUUGGAUUUUCAAUCCCAGCAAAAGCACAGGAUUUUUGCUGUCUUCCUCCAGCAUUUACUUUUUUUUUUUUUCCUUUUUUAAAAAAUAUACUGCCAGGAGAUGCACCCAUUAAAUGGAGUGCUGGAUGAGUUCUGACAAAUGUGAACACAGUGCACCCAUCAGCCAACACAAGACCGAGGACAUUUCCAUCAACUCACAAAACUCCCCCAGGCCCCUUCCCAGCCCCAGGCCCCCGCGGGUCUCGUCCAUCGCAGGGGUUACAUUUCACUUUCUGGAACUUCAGACAGAUGCAGCCGCGCGGUAUGUAUCCUCCCGGGUCCCGCUCCUCCCCGCCCUCGCGUGUCUGAGAGUCCCACUCUUCGUGUCUGUCUGUAGUCGCGCCUUUUUGCUGCCUGUUCCUCCCACCGUGUGGAUGGCUGCACCGUUACUCACUCUAGUGUCCGUUACUGAGGAUCAAAUAAAGCUCCUUUGAACGAG